AUGUUCCACUCUUCGAAACCAUAUUCGUCUGUGACCGUGCAGAUCGAGGUCCUCACUAGUGAACAAUAUGAGAUAGAAGACUCCAGCGGCAUUGUGGAUCUCAUCGAAGCCAUCAAUAUACAAAGCAGUGGUCCCACCGAAGCGAGUCGUGCCCUGCGGAAAAAGCUGUCCGUACCAGCACCCAUCUAUACUCAUAGAAAAUACGGCAACCUGCACCGGCAGCUGAGGGCCCUUACCAUCCUCGACUUUCUCAUCCAAAAUGCCGGAGAUCGCUUCUUGCGCGAGUUCGCCGAUGAGCCACUGCUGGAGCGGCUACGGAUCGCUGGCACCGACUCCCUGUCCGACCCAUUGGUUAAGCAGAAAUGCAAGCAGCUCUUUGGUCAAUGGGCGGCCAGCUACAAAAACACCCCAGGGAUGGAGCGCGUAACGGCACUUUAUCGACAACUCCCGAAGCGCAAGCAGCCCACGACCCAGGCCAAAGCCAAGAUUCUUCGUGAGUCUGGCAAUACUUCAGACCCUCCUAUGGGUCAUACAGUGUCGAUUUCGGCUGGAAACGGGCCUGCAACGCUCCUGAAUGAUCCCAAACAUAAACGCACCUCCAGCAAGUCAUUGAAGAAAGAGAAGAAGGAGAAAAAACAUUUCAGUCGGUCCUUUAACUUUGAAAAGGAGAAGCCAGAAAUGCUUCAGACGCUGGCUUCUGCCUCUGUGGCGAGCACAAAUCUACUGAAUGCACUCAAGUUAGUCAACCGAGAGACACAACGCGUGAGUGAAGAUGCAGAGGUGCUCAAUCGUUUCGAGACCUGCAAGCAACUCCGACGCCAGAUCCUGCGAUACAUCCAACACGUCGAGAGUGAGGAGUACCUAGGAAGUCUGAUCCACGCCAACGAGGAACUGGUCAACGCUCUCAUGACGUUUGAAGUAUUGGACAAGAGUGUGGAUUACGACAGUGACAGCGAUCAGGAUGUCUUAGAGUCCGGAUGGACACCAGACCGGGAUGGCCGGGAUAUCAACGAGUCUUUUGCCGGCCUGGUCGUCAAUCCACCUAGACCUCCGCGCCCUCCUCGCCCGCUGAGUAUCACCGUUCCACCGAUCCCCUCGUCUUCACAGCGACGCACGUACAGUGACAGUGAGUCAGCGACUGAGGAGGACGAUGACGAUGAGAAUAACCCGUUUGGUGAUCGGAAUGCUAUCCGCACACCGGGAAUGGAAAUCUCCGAACGAACCUGGAAAGAGGUCUAA